AUGAAUGGUCAUCAAAUUAAUGAAGAAUUGCCAGUAGGUGUAACUGUAGAAGAAAUUGAAAUACCGGUUCCAUGGGGCCAUAUAGCUGGAAGAUGGUGGGGUCCCAGAAACAAACAACCUAUAAUAGCAAUUCACGGUUGGCAAGAUAAUGCAGGAACUUGGGAUAAUCUUAUUCCUAUGCUUCCAGCCUCCACAGCUGUAUUAGCAAUUGACUUGCCUGGACAUGGCUUAUCAUCUCACUAUCCUUCUGGAAUGCUCUAUUAUGUAUUCUGGGAUGGUAUAGUUCUCCUUCGAAGAAUUGUUAGACACUUCAAAUGGCAGAAAAUAAGUCUUAUGGGUCAUUCACUCGGUGGUGCACUCAGUUUUAUGUAUGCUGCUUCAUUUCCCGAAGAAGUUGAUAGAAUUAUUUGCAUUGACAUAGCAAGUCCAGCUGUGAGACCACCUGAUAACAUGGUCAAAGCUACAGGCUGGUCUAUAAAUAAGCUUUUAGAUUAUGAAAACUUGAGUGAAGACAAAAUUCCAUGUUAUAACUAUGAAGAAAUGAUAGAUAUAGUUGUUGAUGCAUACAAAGGAUCAGUUUCUAGGGAAAAUUGCAAGGUGCUUAUGAAACGUGGAAUGAGUCCCACACCUCCGCAUAUGAAGAGACAAGGCUACUUCUUCAAAAGAGAUCUUAGGCUAAAAGUAUCUGGUUUGGCUAUGAUGUCCAUUGAAACAGCCUUGGAAUAUGCAAGCCAAGUGCGGUGCAAGGUCCUAAACAUUAGAGCUAUACCAGGCCAGAAUUGGGAAAGAUUAGAUUACUAUACAAAAGUGAUAGAUAAAUUAAAACAAACGGCUGACGUAAACUAUGUAGAGGUGGAGGGAACGCACCAUGUCCAAUUAAAUGCUCCGGAAAAUAUAUCCUCUAUAAUUGAAGAUUUUCUGGAGGAAUAA